UCUGUAGUCACCAUCUGUGGCACAAUCCUUCUCUGUCACUCUCCCUGCCACCCCCUCGUUCUCCUUCCUCUUUCCUUGCUCCCUUUCUUUCUCCAGCCUCUCUCUCUCUCUCUCUCUCUCCAUCUCUCCCUCUCUGCUGCUCUCUUCGCUCUUCUCCUCUCUUCUCCCGCCACGCAGUCCCACAGCCCGCAGCCUUCAUCACUCCCCCUCAUUCUGGCUUUCCACCCACUCACUGUCCUCACUGUCUCCUCUCUCUCUCUCUCUCUCUCUUCACCGCCAGCCGACCCCCGUUUUCCUCUGUUUCUAUUGGUUUCUCACAAUCCCCUGUUCCCCUUCUUUCUUUUCUUCUUUGGGAGGCUUCUCCCCACCUCCAGCCCAGGCUCCCGCCUGCAGACCCUCACCUGCACCCCAGACCUCCCUCCUGGAGGAGUGCUGGACAUGGGGUGACGUAUCCAGCGCCUGUGGGGAGUCAGAGCCAGAGACCAGAUGGGAGAAGCUCUGUGGGUGGAUGUGGCUGCUGCGGGUCUAGGAGGGGACCCCAGACCGGGGUGUUCUGGGGGCUCUGGGGGCCUGGGCAAGGAGAGGGGUCAGCAGAAUGAGAAUCGGACUGGCGACAGGAGGGAGCCCUCUCACUCCAUGGGCAGGAGUCAGUCUGGGGAAAGAAGGGGUCCCUUUCUCCCCACCCCAUCAUAGCCAGCUAUCCUACACACAGUGGAAUGGGCUAGGCUGAAGGGGUCCUCAAGACUUUGACUUCCAGACUCUCACCCCUGAGCCCCAGACUCUUAAGUUCACUUGGAAUAUGAUGAAAAACAUCACCACAGACCAGGGGCCCUAGCUGACUGCUGACCACCCUCCCUGUGGCCAUGGACACCCCGGACUCUCCUUCCUGGGUGCCCACGACCUUGGAGGUCGGGAACACCUCAUGGGCCUGGUCCACGGAGGGCAAUGUGUCAGCGGCGGCCCCGAGCGCGGCUGGACUGGCAGUCAGCGGCGUGCUGAUCCCACUGGUUUACCUGGUGGUGUGUGUGGUGGGCUUGCUGGGCAACUCCCUGGUCAUCUAUGUGGUCCUGCGGCACACGGCCAGUCCGUCGGUCACCAAUGUCUACAUCCUCAACUUGGCGCUUGCUGACGAGCUCUUCAUGCUGGGGCUGCCCUUCCUGGCGGCCCAGAAUGCCCUGUCAUACUGGCCCUUCGGUGGCCUCAUGUGCCGCCUGGUCAUGGCAGUAGAUGGCAUCAACCAGUUCACCAGCAUCUUCUGCCUCACCGUCAUGAGCGUGGACCGCUACCUGGCCGUGGUGCACCCCACUUGCUCAGCCCGUUGGCGCACAGCGUCCGUGGCCCGCACGGUCAGUGUGGCCGUCUGGGUGGCCUCGGCCAUAGUGGUGCUGCCCGUCGUGGUCUUCUCGGGGGUGCCCCGCGGCAUGAGCACCUGCCACAUGCAGUGGCCUGAGCCGGUGGCUGCCUGGCGGGCCGGCUUCAUCAUCUACACGGCCGUGCUGGGCUUCUUCGGGCCGCUGCUGGUCAUCUGCCUCUGCUACCUGCUCAUCGUGGUCAAGGUGCGGUCGGCCGGGCGGAGGGUGCGGGCACCCUCGUGCCAGCGGCGGCGGCAAUCAGAACGCCGAGUCACGCGAAUGGUGGUAGCCGUGGUGGCUCUCUUCGUGCUCUGCUGGAUGCCCUUCUACGUGCUCAACAUCGUCAACGUGGUGUGCCCGCUGCCUGAGGAGCCUGCCUUCUUCGGCCUGUAUUUCCUGGUGGUGGCGCUGCCUUACGCCAACAGCUGUGCCAACCCCAUCCUCUACGGCUUCCUCUCCUACCGCUUCAAGCAGGGCUUCCGCAGGGUCCUGCUGCGGCCUUCCCGUCGUGUGCGAAGCCAGGAGCCUGAGGCAGGGCCCCCGGAGAAGACCGAGGAAGAGGAGGAGGAAGAGGAGGAGGAGCGGGAGGAGCGGGAGGUGGCAGUGGCAGCAGCAGCAGGGAAGCGGAGGGAGGGGAAGGAUUUGAAUGGCCGGGUCAGCCAGAUCACACAGCCUGGCACUAGUGGGCAGGAGCAGCCCCUGGGUGGCACGGCUGGCAAGGAACAGAAGUUCCUGCCCCAAGACCCCUCAACGGGGGAGAAGCCAGGCGGCCUGCACAUCAGCUAUUUGUAAGUACCCAUGGAGGGCCAGCACAGCCCAAAGAUGGGCAAUGGCUGUGAGUGUGCUCAGGGUAUGCCCCUCCAGGUGCCAGAGGCCCACACGAGAUGUUGGCAGGUACGGACUCAGGUCCCAGUGCUGCUGGGGUUCUCUGUGUGGCCUCGGGCAGGUCACUAGCCCUUUGGGCAUUGUGUUUGCCAUGGUAGGGAGUGAGAAGGCCUAGUCUGGAGGGGGCAUGGCUUUUGGGCUGCCCACCCUGAGUGGAGCCAGUCUAGAGGCAUGGGGACAGACUGGCUUUGCUCCCAGAGAUGAAAUGCCCAGCCGGAACCUCAGAGGGAGAAGCUAAGGCCUGGGUUUCCCCAGCUGGAAGUGAGAGGCAAAGGCUCACUGGGAGCCCGACACGAGUGUCAUGCAGAGGUAGGUCUCUCAGUGUGGGGGGAGUGUGUGACCACUGGCCUCAGGUGGUUCUCCUCCACCUGCUGCUGCCCUUCUGGCUCCCAGAUCUGGCCUCCUCAACACAUCAGCAGCUACCUACCCCUCUCCCCCCCCUUGGCUGGGAAGGUCAGUGCUGGGCUCCAAAGGAGUUGAGGUAGACUUCCCAGGGAGUUGAUUCAGCCAGCUUCACGGUCCCUUACUGCCUGUGCUCUUUCAGGGUCCUCAGUCUUUCUCCUCCUUCUUCUUUCUCCUUCUCUUUCUUCUUCUCCUUUCUUUCUCUUUCUGCUCCUCCUCUUCCUCCUCAUUCUUUUUCUUCUCUUCCUCCUCUCUUUUCUCCUCCUCCUCUUCUUUUUGAUAAAUGCAGAGAGACCAGGGGAGGUGAGGACCAGAGCACCAAGGCUUCCUUUGAUGCAGCGGGAGUCAGGUUCGAGCCUGGGCCUUACACCUGAGUCCACUUUUCUACUUGUAGUUUUGUAUUCCUUUUCUCAUAGAGAAGUGGCAUAAGCUCAGGCACCCAAAGCCUAGUUCAUCCCCUGUAGAAGACGGCUGAUCAAACCCCGAAGCAGUUCAGGCUGCCUCCUGGGGCUGAGGGCCAGUCUCCCAGCUUCCCACUCCUCCUAGAGCAAGAUGGGGACCUGGCCUAGUCACACUGGUAUGGAGAGGCA